UCCAGCUCCUUCACAGACGAGGAUCCACUGGAGGAGAAAACAACAUAAACACAAGAAGAGAUUCUCUCACAUCUGGAAGAAAAACGCAGCAGACAACCACCAUGUCGCUGGAAGUGAAGGAGAAGACAGAGGUGCGUCUGGUGUUUCUGGGAGCAGCUGGUGUGGGGAAGACAUCCAUCAUCCAGCGCUUCCUCAAAGACACCUUUGAACCCAAGCACCGGCGCACGGUGGAGGAGCUCCACAGGAAGGAGUAUGAGGUUCAGGGCAUGAAGGUCACCAUCAACAUCAUGGACACCAGUGGCAGCUACUCCUUCCCGGCCAUGAGGAAGCUGUCCAUCCAGAACAGCGACGCCUUCGCCCUGGUCUACGCCGUGGACGACCCAGAGUCCCUGGUGGCCGUGAAGAGUCUGCGAGAGGAGAUCUUGGAGGUCAAAGAGGACAAGUACACGCCUAUUGUGGUAAUAGGCAACAAGAUCGACCGCCAAGGUGACCGACAGGUGUCCAGCAAGGACGUGCUGUCCACCGUGGAGCUGGACUGGAACCACAGCUUUCUGGAGUCCUCAGCCAAAGACAACAUCAACGUGCUGGAGGCGUUCAAGGAGCUGCUGCUGCAGGCCAACCUGCCCAGCUGGCUCAGCCCGGCGCUGUGCCGGAGACGGGAAACCUUCCCCAAGGAGAGCAACAAGCGACCUCCUAUAAACAAGACCAACAGCUGCAUCAUCUCGUAGUGAUGGAGCAACCGCACAGAAAGAGACUGAGAGGAAAGAGCUUUGUCGACGGGGAGCUGACUGCACAGACACAAACAGUGUUAGUUAAAUGUUUUAAAGACUCUGAGUUAAAGAACUAUGCUCCCUCAUCAGCAUUGGACCCACAGAUCUUCUGAAGAGGACGAACACGAGAUGAUGAAAACAGAUUUCAACGCAAAGACCUGCCGGAACGUGGCUGAACUGCUGGAGCAGUGACAAAAAAUGAAAGUGCACAGACAUGACUGAGUGUGAAUGAGGCAGUGAUAAAUGGUGACGGUGUAGAAGCAGCGUUAUGUAUCAUACUUUUUUUUCUCCACACAAAUCUCUGUAAAUAUGAUGUUUCGUCUGCGGGUUUUGUGUUGCUGGUGUUCUGUUCUUGUUUUUUAAAAAGCACAAUAACUGUGAAGUCUUGGGUAUAUAAGCAGAAGUGAGUUUGUGUCCUCGUACGAUGACGUUUUAUGAAACAAGUGAACAACAGAAGCUGUUUAUAGUUUUUAAUAUAUCAAACAUUAUGCUGUGAAAUGUGUAGAUUGUUCAGCUGUAUUGAAAUGCUGCUUAGCGUAGCCUCACUACGCACGUGUAUACUGUUUAUUUACUGAUGUUUCACACUGUGUAUGUUUGAAUUAUAAA